UUUCUAUUAUGUUAUUUGACGAUUCGUGAGCGACGCUGGGUUGCUGACGCUCACUUCGAGCUGCUUUGAGCGGCUAGAUGUGAAGUGAUGUGGGUUGGACGUGGGUAUUUUAUAUUUUGAGAAAAGUGAAUUUUUACCGGAAUGUCAUGUUAAUUGUUAGAUGAUUAUCAGUUAACUUAAUUACUGAGAUUUUAAUAGGAAUAUUGUUGCAAAAACUAAACAAAAAUGGAUAUCGUAAAUUGCUUUUCUCAUCUUCAACUUCGUCUUUUAGGGGAAGAAUGGGUGCAACAAGUUUGGGACAGUGAUUUUGCAGAAUUCGAUGAACUUCCCAACGAAUAUGAAGAAUUUGUUAUGGAAAAUGAUGUUGUAAAUGCGUUAGAAAUGAUUGUUAAACUGCUAAGAGUUUCUGUUGGGAGAAAUGAUGAGUUUUUAGACUCUGCUGGACCUAGCGAAGAUAGCAUUACAGUUUCAUGGGAGUUACUAGUUGAAAAUAAAGUAGAACACAGACAUUUAAUCUCUCUUUUGGGAUAUUUUAUUGCUAAUGGUCAGGACAAACCUGAAGAUAUGAAGGCGAUGGAAUUGUGUUUUAAAUCGUGUAGUUUGUAUUUUUUAUUGUUGACCAUUCCGGGAUGUGAUGCCUUUUUUGUAUUUCAACCUAGCAUAUAUGAGAAGGGUCUAAAGACUCUUAAUGUCUGCAGUAAGUUAAACGAGACAAAGCCAAGCAAACCACCUAGAGGACGUAAAAAAACAAAUAAUGAAGAUGAUGAUGAAGCUGGUGAAGGGGAUGAAGAAGGUAAUGAUGUGUCAUUUUUGAGUCUAACUGUUCAGGCAAAAAUGAAUAUUAGGAAAAAUCUGAAUGUUAUUUUGAAAGAUAUGUCACUCAUGAUGAAGAAAUAUCCUCUAAAAACUGAAGAUACCUUGGAGAAGACACUUACUCAACUAAUUUCUCAUACUAGACUUGUCAGCAAUGUGCAAACAUUUGAUUUUGAUACCUUUAAAAUUAAUGGUGACAUUUCAUCUAUUGUAAGCAAUUCUUACAAUCUUUUGAAAGCUUUGUGUUCACCUUUGCAUGGAAAAACAGAAGGAACUGUCAAACUUAUUUUAUAUCACCUUUUGCCCAAUAUUCUUAUGGCAGGAGAUUUUGUCAGAGAUAUAACAAUGGGAAAUCUUAACCUAAUACGCCUUCAAACAGAAAAAUUUGUUUUACAUUUACUUAAGAGUCUAGUAGAAGAAAGCUACCAAGGAAUUUGUUUAUUUGUGCAACACCUUUGUGCCAGAGUCACUGACAGAGCAGAUUUCCGAUUGAAAGUUUCACAAAGUAUUGUUUCUUUGUUGAAAGCUCUUCCUUCUGAACCAUAUUUUAAUACCAUAAAAUGGGUGUUAAGAUUUGCUCAUGAUGUGAAAGCAUCUCAUAGACUAUUUGCAGUGGAAGUUAUUUCCAAACUUUUGUAUGAAGAGGAGAGACCAAACGAUAUCCCUGGAAGAGAUUCUCUUACACCUCACCGUGUAUCUCCUGAACGUGAAGAAGAUAAUGAAGAUGUGGCAGAAGAGUUGGAUCCAGUAAUGAAUAAUUCACAGCAGCAAGAAAGAGAUGUUGCUUCUCACAAGUACUUGUUAGGAGUUUUAUUUAGUCGUUGCCAUGAUCAGUCUGGUACUGUAAGGACAAAAGCAUUGUCAACAUUGACAGAUUGUUUGCAAUCUAAUAACAAAUUAAUUGUGGAGUUAAUGAAAGAAAUAUUUGUGAUACCUUAUGAAGAUAAUGAUCUAAUUCAAAACGACAGUAUUGUGGAAAGAGGAUUUCUAAAUACAAAGAUAUUUUUGGAUUCGUUAGAUAAACCUCAACAUUUACAAGCAGAUCCUCUUCCUGGGGGAAAAGCUGUUGUGAAAGAAAUGUUGAAACUUGUAGAAGAUGAUAAAGUUUUUGUUCGGAAAUCUGCUUUUAGUUUUCUUGAGAAUGUUAUAAAACUGAACCGUAAAUGGUUGACAGAUAAAUUGCUAAAGGUAAUGUGUGAUCAUGUACGUGAUCCAGCUCUUCUUAUUAAAAAACAGUUGAUCCAGUCGCUUACAGAUUUAGUGUUAAAAUACCCAGAUGAUGCUCACCUUGCAAAAUAUUACAUAGAAGCUGUUCUUCCUCAAAUUUCUCAUCCUGAAGUAAAAGUUCAAGAGAAAGUUCUUGAAUCUCUGGAGAACACUAUUCUUCAUAAACUUGUGCCUUUCAAAAACUUGGGCUCGGAAGCAUCAUACUUGCCUUGGAAAUUGUUUGAAGUGAUUAUUGAUCUGAAGAAAAAGAAAUUUUUUCAAAUUGUAUGUUCGCUGUGGGCCAAAGAUAAGACAUUUCCGAAGAAUUUAAUAUCUUUGAUUCAGACUCACAUUGAAACACAACAUAAUGUGGCAGCUUGGUUAUUUCUUUCAUGUGUAGCCCCAUAUAUUCCACUCAAGGACCCAAAUUUUGUGGUGGACUACUAUCGAGAGAAUCUCACAAAUUCUGAGAAGACCACAAGAUAUGCUGUUGUGAAAGCUUUAGAUGUACUGGGCACUGCCUGGAAAUAUUUACCCAAAGGACAACAAGAUAGCAUAUGCACAGAGCUUCUGCUAUCAGUAGAACACAUGCGUCUUAGUACUACUCUCAUUGGGCCAGUUUUAGAUGUUGUACUUCUCAUAACAUUGGGCCAAGCUUCCAGUGUGAAGGAGGGCCAAGAAUCAGUGAUGGUGUGGUCUAAAAGAAUUCUGGAGAAAACAGAAGAAUAUUUUCAACAACAUUCACCUUGCAGAAAUGAUAAUACAAGAGUAAAUAUGGAAGAGUUCAUGAGAAAUUUGGUAACGCUGGGAGAUGUGUCACAGCUUUGUCCUGGGAAAGUUCCUAUAAAUGUUGCCAUCAUUUUGACAGGAAUUCUCUUUCCGGAGAAACUUCAUGAUCCAGUUAAAUGGUCAGUUCCGGGACUGCAGGCAUUAACAGUUGUUACCCUGGGCAAAAUGUGCCUACAGAAUGAAACUUUGGCAAAACGUAUUAUACCAGCUUUGGGGCUACUUCUGGCUGAAUCAAAACACGAAGCUGUAAAAGUUAAUGUAAUAUACACUUUAUCAGAUAUGUGUAUCAGGUUUACAGCCAUUGUUGAACCACUUCUACCUGAAAUGUGCGUUUGCUUGAAAGACAGCAAUGACAUUGUGCGGCAUCAUACCGUGACAGUCUUUGUGCGACUAUUGCAGCAAGAUUUCUUGAAAUUGAGAGGGGCACUUUUAUUCCAUAUGAUGUCCAUGUUGGUUGACCCAAUGCAAAAUAUUGCACAGUUAGCUAACUAUUUUAUGACUCAGUGUGUGGUUACACGAAACAAGAGUAUCAUGUAUCAGAAUAUUGUUGAAAGUAUUUUCUAUUACAAUAAAUACGAGAAUCAUCCAGUCUACUCAAAAGUCAAACUAUCUGCUCAAGAGGCUCAUCUUUUUAAUUUGGCCGGUGCAGAAAAUGAAGCUAAAAGACAAACUUUGUACCGCUUUAUGUGUGAACAUAUGUCUGAUGAACAUAGGAUGCAGGCAGUUCAUAAAAUUUGUGUAGAUAUUUUAGGUGGUGUCUCCAAUGAGACUGUCUCCUUGGAUGAAAAGGGUGAAAGCGUAUUGCAUGAUGCAUUCUUUGUGUUGUCUUGUGAAGAAAUUUGUCUCCAUUCUUUAAGAACACAGUCUGAAGAAGAACCAGCUACUGAUGAUGCAGAAAGAGUGACUGCUGCUGUAAAUACAGCAAAGAAAAAUAUUAUUUCACAGUGUGUUAAAAAGCAAGUUGUAGAAAUUAUAAUACCAAUAAUUGUUCAGCUAAAAGGAAAAUUACAAGCAAUAAUGUCACCUUUACUCACAAAUCUUAUGAGCUAUCUAAGAGGCUUAUUGAAAGAUUACAAGAAUGAGAUUGAAGAGAUAUUUGCUGAGGAUAAAACCAUGGCAGAAGAGAUCCUCUUUGACAUGAAGAGAUUUGAGGAGGAGGAAAAGAACCGUGCCCAGUCUCAAGACUCUGAUGAGGAGGAUGGCGGUGAGGUGGAUCACAUGCGCCCACUGCUGGUUGAGCUGGCCACUAAUCAUCUCCGUAAGUCCAUUCGGCAUGGGGAUCCCCAAAACAGUACUCAAACGCAGGGCACCGGUUCACCUGGUACCAAUGAUCCAGCAUCAACAAUGGUAUCAGAUGGUAAAUCUAGUACCAAUAAUUCACCAUCUGAAACCAAAGAAAGUAGUGAAUCUCCUCAAACAGAAAGCAAUUCCCAGCUAGUUGAAAGUCCACCAGAGAAUGAACACCCUUCUGGUCGCACUAGGCGCUGCAGCACAACUAGAAGUAAUGUAGACAGUAUAAGAUCAAGAUCUUGUACGCCAACUAAACGGUCUGCUUCUAGAAAUUUACAGAACCAUAGCCAUGGUGAGCCGAAUGAUGCUUCACCUGUUGGGGAAGCAAGUUCAACACCAGUAAGCUCCCCAAACAAAAGCGUAACUGGUUCCGAGACUUCGAGAAGGCAGAGUUCAAGGCAAAUGAGCACAGACUCUAACCUAGAAACACCAGCAUCAGAAAACAAUGCAAGAGCUAGAUCUCGCACACCAAACCGUCAGAAUGCUACCAGGGAUUCUCAGAAGCGCAGCUUUGAUGAAGCGUUACUGAAUUGUGACACCUCUUUUAGAAAUUCAGAUACACCAACUACAAGCUCUAGGAGUAGGACUACAAGUGGUUCCGAAUCUUCAAGAAGACGGAGUUGUAGGUCUAUGAGCACUGAUUCUAACCCAGAGUCUUCAUCCACUCUCACCCAUGUGAAAACAGAACAAGUAAAUGGAACUGAUGCAGUGAAUGGGGAAUCUAGAAAACCUAAGCAGAGGAAUAAAAGGAUCGCAUCCAGGAGAACAACUGGGGAAUCAUCUCCUUAAAUUCAAAUUCACAUUUCAGUGUUGUUUUGAGGAAAUAAAUGAUAAUGAAAUCAAGAAAACAAAUUGUGGGGCAUGUGAAUGCCAUGUUUUGUAAUGUCUGUGUCUUUGUCUGCUUUGCAGAAUUUUUAAUGAAUUUGUAACGGUAUAGAAUUGUUUACUUAACAGUAUUUUAUUAAUAUUUUCAUACUUACAAAAUUGAAAUAUAUGAUAUUGAAGUCAUAUGUAAAAGUAAUUAUAGAAAAAGGAGACAAAAUUUCUGCUGAUAUUUGGUUACUAAUUAAACCACGAUAGAAAGAGUAUAGAGGUAUCAAAAGAAAAGAAGUAAAGAAAAAUGCAUUAAGUAAUGCAUGUCAUUAAAAAAAAUGAAAGUUUUACAAGAAAAAGUACAAAUUAAAUAACUGAAAGCAAUUCUGUACUGAAUUAUCUUCAUUUCGUUUUCAUUUAUCUUUGUAAAUAUAUUGUGUUCCCUUUUAAUUUAGAGAACUUUUAUGUAAAUGUUAAAAAAGAAUUGUGAAAUAUAUUGUAUCAUAGAUGAUUUGAUAUGUCCAGUGUUACACGGAAUAAUUUAAAUAUUUAAAAAUAUUCUGUAAGUCCCAUGUGCAUGAUAUACUUUAUCUGGGGUGCCCAACAACUUACUGAUAAAUUUCUUCUUUUCGCCAUAAUGAAGAUCAUAAUGUACAAUUGUCCUUGAGAAUUAGUGGAAUGAUACAAUUUGCAAUUUAAAAAAUUUCAGUCACAUCAAUCAAUUCUUUAUCUAGUUUUCAAAUUGUUUAUUUUAAUAUGCUAUAAGUGACUCGGGAAAUUCAUUUCAGAUCAUAAAAUAAAUAGAUAUUUAUUGACAAGAGUAUGAUUUGGAGUCUAGAUGUUAUGUCAAAUGAAAACAAAGGCUUCCAUGGUGAGUAGAUUCUAGGUUGCCAGGGAGAUACAGACACUUGCCAAAAUGUUGUUAAUCAUAUUGUGACCUUCCUCAAAAUGAAAUGCAUAGAGGUGGCCUGUGCUUACGAGAGUUGAUCGUUCUACCAACUGGCAGCUUGGUGGAAUGAGAUCUUCUAGGUAAACCUCUGCAUGGUCCACCUCUGCACAUUUCAUACCAAGGAAAGUCUCAAUAUGACCUGAAAUAUUUAAAAGUGGAUUUAGGCUGUGACAUCCCCUGCACAGCCAUGAAUCUUCAGCUGUUAUGCCAUCCGAGGCUGAUGUUUAUUUUCCAAACUUUUUAAAAUUUUAUGAAUAUUUAUUUUAAAUUUGAACGAUAUUUCCUGUUGUGAUGGGACUUAACAGAUAUAAUUGUGCAGACAACUCUGAAUGUUCAGAUAAAUGUAAAAUUUUGCCUGUGUGUAGGUAUCUUUUGUGGAAUAGUUUACGUUAAGUUUUUUUUUACUUUUACAAAUUGGAACAGUUCAUCUGAUGACUCGUUUCAUAAGUACUCCCUUAGUAGUUUUAACUUGUUUAUAUUCAUGUUUCGUGUUUUAAUGAAUAUACAGUAAAUGUUUUACUGUUCAUGAAUGUAUUUAAAAUUUAUUAUUGUGAAUUGUUGUGAUUGUAUGAAAACAAAUUUAUGCAAUUCUAAAAUGUGUUAAUGUCAUAUGGAUGUUCAUUGUGGAAAUUUAAAUCUUGUGGAUGUUAAAAGAAAUUCAAUGUAGGAUAGUCACGAUGAUUGAAUGUAUUUUAACUAUGUAUGUAACAGUUGUACUAUUCAAAGUGAGAGUUGUGUAGUAUUCAAAAUAUAUUACGCUGAAUUCAAUGAUUUCUUUGAAUGUAAGAUGAAGUAAACAAAAUUAUUGUUUUGAAUGUAAGAUGAAGUUAGUAAACAAAAAUUGUUGACAAAAUAUGUGCAAUUUCUGGGUUACUUUGUGUGCUUAAUAUUUAAAAUUACUUUUCCUUCUGGUCCUUGACUAAAUUUUUGGGUAUUGCUCUCUGAGAAUGAUACAUUUUUCACUGAUUCAUGUCAGAAGUUGGAUGCUGUUUGAUGAUGGUAGUCACAUGGGUAGGACUUGCAUCUUUGGAAAAUCUCCUUUAAAGUUACCAAUAGUGCUGGUCAUUUUUGUUAGCUUUCAAGUUGUGUACUCGUCAUAAUAUUAUUACAUUAAAAUAUCAAAAUUAAAUCAUUAAAAUUUAAUUGUUUCAAGUACCAUAAAUGCACAAAUGGAUAUAUUCAUGUGCUUGUGGACACAACAGUAAUACAGCAAAGUCUAAGCCGGAAUCAAUCAGGAAAAAAAAGUUUGGGUUUAGGGAGGUUUCAGUUGUAUGCAGAGUUGUCCAUUUAACAACACUUGUGAUGUUGAUAUUCCUGUUCUGAAACUAGAAAAUUAAUGUAAGUAAAGAAGUAAUUAAAGUAAAGUAAAUAUUAUAUGAUUUUAUUAUGAUUAUUAAAAUAGAUUUACAUAUAAUGCAUUUACGGAAGAAAUCGUCAAUAAAUGAAAAUUAAACAUUCUUCACUGACAGCUUUUGAGCGUCCCUUACUUCCACCUUUUCAUCUAAUGUUAGAGAAUGCCAGAGUUUUAUAGUUUUCACACUGUUAAGCUGGUCGUGAAACUCA